UGUGAAGCGCUCACAAAGAUGGAGGGUUCGCUGGAGCAGUCGCUCGACAAGGUACGUCUGCAGACGACCUCACAGGUGCCAGCGCAGAAGAAGCCGGCAAUCGUGCUGGAAGCUAUAGAGCAGACACUGUCCGCCGCUUCCCCGUCUGCCGGCCCGUCGAGACCGAGCGAGACAGCCUACUAUGUCGCUCUGACCGGCACACUGCAAAAGCUCCUGGCCGAGCAGAGCACGAGCGAUGAGGAACACAAGGCAGCAGUGCUCUAUCUGCUUGCGCUCAUUGUACCUCACCUACCACGAGCGACGCUGCAGAGCAACGCCUUUGUUCUGCUUAGCCUGCUGAGCCAAAUCAAGCUCGACGAUGCUCCCAUCAUCAAAUCAACGCUUACGAUCGUACAGUCGCUCUAUGCCUCACUCUCGCUGCAACAGCUCUCGCAAGCUGCUUCAGUGCAAUACUUUGCUCGUCUCUUACCCAUCCUGAUCGAUCAGAGGCCCAAAGUGCGUCGCAAGGCACAAGAAACGGUCACAACCAUCAUCAAAUCGCCCCCGCCACCCUCUGUCACCCAUCCUUAUGGAGACCGUGUUGCCGACUGGGCUCUGAGCGCACUCGAAGGCCACAUUCGAGCGCAAAAAGGCAAGGGCAAGAACAAAGAUGCAAACAAGGAAAGCGAUGCCCGGUGUAUCGCUCUGCUCGUAUUCAUCAAGCAUCUCGGCGGCUCCUGGCCUACUUCUGCGAUGCAACGAUUGUGUGCUAUCUGUCUCGCCGUACCCAAGACCGCAGGCGAAAAUGCUUUCCUCGCCACCGCAGCCUUUGACGUGCUCGAGGAGUUGUUUACAAAGUCAAGCGAGUCUUUCGAAGAAGGCAAAGUGGCAGAUACGCUGCUCGGCGUCUUAGCAUCGCGUCCGUCCGACCGGGAUGACCGCAUCUUGCCUGGCUGGCUGGCCGCUGUAGAGCACGGCUUUGUCGCCUUUGCCCGCUUCCAGCCCGAAGCCUGCAGCGCAAUUCUAUACUCAAAUUAUGCAGGACUGCAGGGCUAUCUCCUCUCGGAAAGCCUGCCCGUCAGGCAAGCUGCUGCAUCAACACUGAUCGCCUUGACUCGCUACGCCUUUAGCGAUUCAGAUAUUUUGGCCAACAGCAAAGCUGACGCGCCGCUACCGCAAAUCGCGAAGCUGACGCUAGAGAGCCUGACCAGCAUGCGCUUCCAAGGGCUGCCGAUGCCUCAUUUGCUAGACACGAUCACUGCUCUCUUCUCCCGACUGCGUCUACGGCCUCCUCCCGAGGCAGGCCAGUUGCGCGCAGAGCCCACUGCGGCUCGCUAUCUUUCGGAUCAUGUCAGACUGAUCGGCGCCAUGCGGGCUUCGACUUCCUUCGAAUUCAAAGAGCAGGCAGAGAAAGUUCUCACGAUAGCAGUCGAAGUCUGCGGACCUCAAUGGCUCCUUGCCAUCCUGCCCCUCAAUCUCGAGCCGGAUAACGCGGGCACCGAGGGACGUGCCUGGCUCCUACCUUUGCUGCGUAAUAAGAUUGCGAACACUGAGCUCAGCCAUUUUGUCGAUUUCUUCGUACCUUUAUCAGAGUCGCUCUUUGACAAGAAGUCCAAAGCCGAGCAAGCAGCGAAAGCGGCGGGCAAAGCCCAAGGGAGCGACGUCAGUGCAAAGAUCUACGAAGCUCUUGUCGAGCAGAUCUGGGCGCUCUUCCCCGGCUAUUGCGAUCUGCCGACAGACUUACACACUAGCUUUACAAAGAAGCUUGGAGAACUGCUGUCCAAUGUGCUAUACACUCAACUCACUCUGCGUGCGCCGAUCUUGCGGGGUUUGCAGCUGCUGGUCGAGCGCAACCAGUCAAUGGCGCAAUCUCAAGCUCCUCCAGACACACUGAGGCAGUCUUUUGGCGUCGAUCAAGCGGCGGGUAAGCAGAAUCUUGCCCUGCUAGCAAGCUACUCGAGCAAUCUGCUCGCCGUCAUGUUCAACGUCUUUGCAAAAGCGCCGCGCGAGCACAGAAACUAUAUCCUCGAAGCCAUCUCGACCUAUCUGUCCAUUUCUAGCUCGUCUGAUCUUGCCAACACUAGCCAAAGAGUACAGAUAAUGCUCAAGCAAGCGCUCGCCAAACAGGAGAAGCGGACCGACAAGACGUCAGGAACCGCAAUCGAGAGCACAGCGCAUACCAUGAUGGAUUUGCUGGUAGCAAUGGUCCCUUUUGUCGACCAGACUACUAGCGCCUCUUUGCUCGAUCUAGCCCUGUCAGACGCUGGUAUUGGCUGCUCGGAUGGCACACUGCAGAAGAAAGCAUAUCGCCUGCUUACUCGAAUGACAGAGACCACUAUUGGCAGCGCCCUGAUCUUCGCUCAGCUCGACGAGCUCCUCACACGUCUCUACAGUAAUGCUGCGCGGACGCCUGCUGCGGCAAAGCCAGACAGGAUCUUACUGACGACUGCGCUUGUCAAUCGGCUACCUACAUCGCGUCUUGAUGCAGUCCCGACUCUGCUGCCCGAGGCCAUCUUGGCCACUAAAGAGUCAAAUGAGAAGACACGAGAAGCAGCUUACGAUCUCUUGGUCCUCAUCGGACGCAAAAUGCAGGCCGGCGGUACGGUCAAGCGACCUGUCAUCAAUGAAGACGACGAUAGCGCGGCAAUGACGGAAGACGCGCCCGCCACGCUCGAAGAGUAUUUCACAAUGGUCGCGGCUGGUCUUGUGGGCAGCUCACCCCAUAUGAUCUCAGCUACGAUCACAGCGCUCUCUCGUCUCGUCUUUGACUUCCACACAUCGCUGACGUCCAACACGCUUGGCGAAUUGCUAGAGACAAGCAACGUCUUUCUGUCUUCCGCCAAUCGAGAGAUUGUCAAGUCCGCAAUCGGCUUCGUCAAGGUCUCCCUCGUGUGUCUCCCGCUGGUAACAGUACAGCCGCAUCUGCCAGCGCUUGUACCGAGUUUGCUCAAAUGGUCACACGAGCACCGAAAUCACUUCAAGCUCAAUAUUCGUCACAUAUUCGAGCGGCUGAUUCGCAAAUUUGGCGCGGAUGCCAUUGCAGAUAUCGCCGGCGAUGACGACCGUAAGCUGGUCGCGAGCAUCAAGAAGAGGCAACAACGUGAGAAAAAGAAGCGGACAGCAGCAGUAGAGGCACGACAGGACGGCGAGGACAGCGAGGGAGAGACGCAUGCGCCCAAGCAACAGGCUCGCAAUGCCUUUGACGAAGCUUUGCACGGUAGUGAAGACGAAGCCGAAGGCAGCGAGGGCGAUGAGCCAGCGGCUCCCAGCAAGGGUAGAGCUCAGAAGCAGGCUAAACAGUCGCGAUCGCACGACAAGACAGUGCAGGCCCACGGGACCUUCCUUGACCAAGAAGAUGAAGAUGACGAUCCCAUCAAUUUGCUCGAUCACGAGAUUGGCUCUAAGCUCAGCAAUGUGCAGCAACCGGCGCGUCGGAGAAAAGCGGCAGCGCCAGCCUUUGCGACGGACAAGCGGAGCGGAAAGCUCGUCUUUGCAGAGGGUGACGCGACUGCCAGCGAAGAGCCAAUCACGACGGAUAGCGUGGGAGCAUACAUAGAGGCUUUGCGGGGCGAGGACAGUCACCGCCAUGAUGCGAAAGGCAGGGUCAAGUUCAACAAGAAGCGACACAUCGACGAUGUGGAGGACCCUGGAGAAGGAGGCGUAGAACUAGUCAAACAGCAGUUACGUGACCUCGGUAUGGACGCAAAGCAAAAGAAAGCACGGAAGAUUGUGCCGACUAAGCUGGGCUCAGAGUUCAAGGCGAAGCGGGCCGGUGGCGACGUCACAAAGAAUGGCCAACAGCCAUUUGCAUACCUGCCCAUGGCUGCUGCAGUGACGGGCAAGCGUGCAAAACACGGCAACACGGGUAUCAACAUCACGGGCAAGCGUCAGAAGGCGAGACGCUAGCGCGCAUAACAUGGUGCUCAAUCCGCUCGUGGCUGGUAUACAAUGUCUCGCCAUGCAAUCCGCUUGUGUAAGCAGUGUGCACCAGACGAGUGAGUGUGCAU